AAAUAGGCGGGAUCGGCUCAAUUCUACAAUGGAUAGCCGGUAGUUGUGAAAUUUUGAAGCUUUCAAUGGUGUUUUAUACAUGGUAGUCAGACCCCACUGUUACUAAUUAUCAUCGAUAAUCCGUGAGAAUGAUUUUUUUCCACAUGUAGACAAAUUUCCAUCAAAUGAAAGUACUUUCAUGGUGGUAUAUACACAAGUGCAUGUGUGACAUAACCAAACAAAAGUAGGAUCUCAGAACGUUUCUAUUUUAUAGAUAAAAAGUAAACAAGAGCAGAAAAUGGAACCUCUAAAAAUCCAUUUGGAUGCCCUCGAGAUGGCUGGGAAGAUGGUGGACAAACACAUGAUAGCAGACAGUAAUUUCCCAUCUUUGAUAAAUCUCAUGAGAUACUCGGUACAAGGAGGACCGACUGUCAGUGGUUUGGACGAUCAUGACUAUCCCAAUUUGAAUGGCAAUCUAAGCCUCAGUAGCAUAAAUCAAAUGAAGAUGCACAGUAAGAUUCCACUGCCUUCGGAGGUAAUGGAACACUUUGGUCAUAUGCAAUGUCACUGUAUGAUGGGACUCUUCACUGAUAUCUCCAAAGCUUGGUUGACAAUUGACAGUGAUAUUUACGUUUGGUCAUACGAAAAUGAAUCCGAUGUCGCGUACUUUGAUGGUCUGAAUGAAACUAUAAUAAGUGUUGGUCUGGUUAAACCAAAAGCAGGUAUAUUUCAAAAUUACGUGAAAUAUCUGUUGAUUCUUACAACGACUGUUGAAAUUACUGUACUUGGUGUAACACUUGGGGAUAAAUCUGAUGGAACACAGGGAGAAAUACAGCUGGUACCAGAGCCAAUAUUUACAGUAACAACUGAUGGUAUUGCCAUAACAACAAUAGCCAAUACAAGCAGUGGAAGAAUAUUUUUGGGUGGUAGGAAUGGUGCUUUGUAUGAAAUUCAUUAUCAAGCUGAGAGCAGUUGGUUUGGAAAACGUUGUAAAAAGGUGAAUCAUUCUGAGGGCCCUCUAUCAUUUUUGCUACCAUCAUUUAUCACAGUUGCACUCUCAGAGGAGGAAGCCAUUGUUCAAAUAUCAGUCGAUGAUUCUAGAAAUAUUUUAUACACACUUGGAGAUAAAGGAACAAUUAUGGUAUGGGAUAUUGAUAAUGGUGGUGCAUCAAAGGUGACAUCGCUGUCUCAAUCAUCACUCGUACAAAAUACUGUUCACAUUGUAAAAACACUGGAUAGUAAUAAUUUUCGACCGUUAGUGAGUAUCUCAGCUAUUACAGAGACUGAAUCAAUUCACUUGAAUUUGGUAGCAGUUGCUGCAACUGGUACAAGAUUCUAUUUCACUUGUACUUCGGUAACAAAUCCUGGUAUGCGACCACAGUGUUUACAACUCAUCCAUGUGCGAUUACCACCGGGUUAUGCAGCCAAUGCACCAGUUAUGAGACCGAGAAAAGUUCAAAUGGCCCAUUAUCGUAAAGGCACACUCAUUCUAGUUUGUGGUGGUGAUACAGAGACUGCUUGGUGUCUCAGUAAUGAUGCUUAUCCUUUUACCAAUUAUUUGGCGGAAACUCAGAGUAUUUUGCCACUGGACAGUCCUGCUUGGGCCAUGGCAGAGAUAUUUGGUGAGUCUGUAAUUAACAUUGACAAGCAGGGAGGAGUACAGGGGGAGCAGCCACCAUUGCUCGUAAGACAACACAUGGAACCGCCGAGAAAAUUCAUCUUUCUGACAGCACAAGGUGCCAUUAUUCUCAUUCAAGUGAGACCUGUAGAUAUUCUUCGACAGCUUCUUCUUGAACAACGUGGUCCUGAUACUGAAUCAGUUCGCUUGUACUUUGAGAGUCAAUCACCAGAGCAAGCCUGUGCGACUUGUCUAAUCUUGGCGACACUUGAAUCAUCGCAGAAUGCACAAUUGUCAGAGUGGGCAACUCGUGCCUUCUUCCUAUAUGGUGGACAAAGAGCCCCCUCCAGUUUGUCCAGUCAGCACGGUGUUCCACUACUCAGUGCUGUCAGUAUACAUACAUCAACACCCAGAGUUGUUCCAGCGAUGGAUACACGACAAAAUAUCUUUCGCACACCGUAUCAACAAAUUGGUGUCAAUGCCAAUGAAACAAGUAUUCAUCAGUUUUCAGCAAAACAUGGAGGACUCUAUCUGUACGUUGGUAGAAUUCUCAGGCCAAUUUGGAAUAUCAGAUGUAUUAAACAAGAAAUUGUUAAUGCUAAGCCACUUGUACAGAGCACAGUAACUUGUGUUCAAAUUGGAUGGAUUCUUGGACAUCUUCAAGCAUUGCGAUCUUUUCUCAAUAAGAAUACUCACAUUUCAAAACAACACAGCACUGGCAGAAAUGUUACCACUGAGGGGACACAUUUUGACACGACCACAAUGACACAUUAUCAAGAGCCAAUGGUGGAAGAGAGAAAUUCCCUUGACGCCCUCAAGAUUUUUAUCACCCACGCUUGUGAAGUUUUGGGAUUGUGGAAGAUUUUAUGUGAAAAUCAGCUGCACAACAUUGUCAAUUCCCUCUCUAAGGAGCAGAUCAAUCAAUUUGCAACAGCAACAUUCAGAGAUUUAAUUUUAAUGGGGCAUGAGAUAUGCUCACUACUAAUCAUACAUCUUAUUGACAGUUACCUUGGGGACAAUACUUCUGUUGAUGUCGUUAGUGCCAAACUGCGAGAAGUUUGUCCAAAUUUGUAUAAAAGUGAAGAUGCUGUAUGCUCAAAAGCCAAUGAAAUUAUUAUAAAAGCUAAAAUUUGCUCCAAUGCAGAGGAGAAAGAGUCACAUCUACAGUCUGCUUUAAAACUCUGUAAAAUGGUAGCACCACGACUGAAUUUAGCAGCAGUAUGUCAGCAAUUUGUUGCUUGUCAAUUUUAUACCGGUGUUUUGGAGCUUUGUCUAUGUUGUGCUGAAAAAAUUGAUCCAAAUAAUGCAGCUCUCCAUUAUUACAAGAAUAAUGAGCCUGUAGAAGAUCAAGAGGGAAAUAUGGCAUAUUUCAAGAGGCUUGAAAUAUACAAAGAAGUGACAGUUAUGCUCGAUCAUUUGUACAAUCAGAGUAUGUCCAAUCCAUUGACACCAACGAUACCAAGCAAGCCAGGACCACCUACUUAUAAUACAUCAACAACUGCAACAACACCAGCUAAACAACUCCUUCACGAGAUCAUUCAAGAUGCUCUUCACAGUCCAUGUGAAAUUCUUCACGCUUCAAUUUAUAGCUGGAUGAUUGAACGUAAUCUUCAUGGUGAACUCGUUGCUCUUGCAGCACCCUCCCUAGAGCCUUAUUUAAUACGAGUCAAUGCUCCCGAAUUAUUGUGGCAAUUUUACGAACGAAGCAAAAAUCACGCUGCAGCUGCCAAAAUUCUCGAUGCACUGGCAACAAAACCCGGCCCAAAUGUCUCAUUAUCCCAGAGAGUUGAAUAUCUUGCGAGAGCUGUUGUGUGUAUGAGAAGUGAUCAAGCAGGCUACGCCCCUCAUCUUGGUGUAUUUCUUCGAGAACUCGAGGAUAAAGUUGAAGUUGCAAGGAUUCAACAACAAAUUCUCGAUACAAUCAACAAUCAGCAGCAUUUAUUCGAUAAUAUGGUGGUCAGAGAUGCCAAACUCAGAUUAAAUUCUUCAUUAUUAGAUAUCACUCAAUUGUACGAGGAGUACGCAGAUCCUCUACAACUUUGGGAGUCUAAAUUGGCCAUUAUUCAUUGCUCUGGUCAUCAAGAUGCCAUGUUGGUACAGGGAAUUUGGACCAAUAUCAUUGAAAAUGAAUUGAAGAAUGCACAGACUCAGACCUCGGCCGAGGACAAAAUGUCCAUUGUCAUGAGUAAAAUUAAAAUGCUAGGACAAGAAUAUUCUGGAACACCUCAUUGUUUCCCCAUUGAUUUCUUGAUUAAAGAGCUGGAAAUUCGCGCAUGCAAAUUGGCAGUAUCAAACACUGAUAUUAUCACUGGUUUCCUACAACUUGGUGUUUCAAUGGAGGAUCUUUUGGAUUUGUAUGACAAACUUAUUGGGGGAAAUAAUCGUGUUUGGUUGAAUGAGGGAAAUGAAUUCCAUUUAAUUGAAUCUACUGCCAAUCUUGUCAAUUAUUUCAUAACUAAUACAAAAAUUUCCAAUAAUUUUUUAAAGAGAAAAGUCAUUAUCAAGUGCCAGGAUAUCAUUUCCAAAUGCCUAACGACAUUAUUCAGUAAACCCAAUGCCAGUGAACUUAUUCAACGACUCAGAGCUAUUCAAAGUAUUCUCAAUAGACUUUAAUUGAACUAUUUGUAUUUUCUUAUUCAAUUUUCUUUUCUCUUUGUAUUAUUGAAAAAUAAUCCAGUCCACUAGCCCCCCUCCCCUUUUUUCAAUUUUUGUAAGAUGUGAGAAAUUGAUUAAUAAAGAUGAA